GCAUAUCCAUACCAGUUCAAAGGAGGAGGCGUGGAUAGAACUGUUGUUACCUGUAUUAGAGUACCUGCAGCUACAUGGAAAGAAUUGAAGAUGUCGUCGAGGGAGAGGAACUGCAACCGAUGUGUCACGGCUUCAAUACAGACGAGAUUCUAUUGAAAAAGAGGACAUUGCACCGGGUGUAAAUGUACCUGGCGCUAGCAAGAACAAGUGAGAAUACAUAUCUUGCACUACUUUGAUACAAAGGACGAAAUAUAAGAACGCUUCACUCGAGAACUCAUCUUUCUCCUCGACCCCUCUCUCUCACUCUCAUAAGUGUUUCGUUUUUUAACACGCACGUUUUGGAUCAACAUCACUCUGCGACUCUCACCUGUGACGCGUUGACAAUGGAUUUCAGACGGCUAAAUAUUUCAAAGGUGUUUAGAUUUUACAUUUUGGAAAACAGAAGUUACAGGCCUAUCUGCAUCUGGAAAGGUUAGGUAUUGUAGUGUUACCAAUGUGAACGUAAGCGUGACCAUUUCAUUUUAGUGAAUGGCCAGUCCCAGAAGCGGUUAUGAUCAUGCACAGACCCCUCCGAAGGUGGAGUUUUUACGUCUUCUUGUGUUUUGGCAUCAUCUACUUAAGGCUUGGGGCCCUGUCUUCCGUGGUGGCAUUGGGUGCCAACAUCAUCUGCAACAAGAUCCCUGGGCUGGCCCCUCGUCAGAGGGCCAUCUGCCAGAGCCGCCCGGAUGCCAUCAUCGUGGUGGGGGAGGGCGCCCAGCUGGGCAUCAAUGAGUGUCAGUACCAGUUCCGCUAUGGCCGCUGGAAUUGCUCCGCCCUGGGGGAGAGGACUGUCUUUGGACAGGAGCUGCGAGUAGGUAGCCGGGAAGCUGCGUUCACGUACGCCAUCACGGCCGCCGGCGUAGCCCAUGCCAUCACGGCGGCGUGUAGCCAGGGAAACCUGAGCCAGUGUGGCUGUGACCGGGAGAAGCAGGGUUACUAUAACCAGGAAGAGGGCUGGAAGUGGGGAGGCUGCUCGGCAGACAUCAAGUACGGCGUUGAGUUCUCCAGGAGGUUCGUGGAUGCCCGUGAGAUCAAGAAGACCACACGCCGGCUGAUGAACCUCCACAACAAUGAGGCAGGGAGAAAGGUCCUGGAGGAGCGGAUGAAGUUGGAGUGUAAGUGUCAUGGCGUGUCAGGCUCCUGCACCACCAAAACCUGCUGGACGACCCUGCCCAAGUUCCGAGAGAUCGGCUAUGUCCUGAAAGACAAGUACAACCAGGCGGUCCACGUGGAGGUGGUCCGGGCCAGCCGACUACGCCAGCCCACCUUCCUCAAGGUGAAGAAGACCCAGGGAUACCGCAAGCCCAUGGAGACCGACCUCGUCUACAUCGAGAGGUCGCCCAACUACUGCGAGGAGGAUGCAGCCACGGGGAGCGUUGGCACCCAGGGGAGGCUGUGUAACCGCACCUCGCCCCACACAGACGGCUGCGACCUCAUGUGCUGCGGCCGGGGCUACAACACGCACCAGUACACCAAAGUGUGGCAGUGCAACUGUAAGUUCCAGUGGUGCUGCUUCGUCAAGUGCAACACGUGCAGCGAGAGGACGGAGGUGUUUACCUGCAAAUAAAAGGGCAUAAUGGACCUACAGUACGGUACUAUGAUUGGGAGGGGCAUGGCAGGACUACCUGGAUGACAAGGAAGACCCCAGAGAAAAGAGAAAAGGACAUGUCUUGGAACAGGAAUAGUGAGAGAUUUAAAAAUAAAAAGGAAUGGAAUGUUCAAUAUCAGCUCUUCAUGGCAUCGUUUUGCACAGCAGAAUCUAUAUGAGCUUUUUAAAAGAAAAGUGAGGGCUAAAUAUCAAUAGAUAAUAAUACUAAAAUCUUUGACUGACUGAGACAGAAUAAUGUGUGAUCAUGUACUGAUGUAAAAGUUAUAACUACAGGAAGCAAAUGGUGCCUGGAUGGGAACUGUGCAUUGCACUCUGGGAUUUGUAGUUAUUUUUUUCACAAAAUGGCUUCUUCAUGGAACAGAAAGACAGAGACAGACUCUGGAGAUGUGGUAGAAAAUGACAGUAACUGUUGAGGGAUGAGACUGGAAUGAGACUCUAAAAGUCUUUUAGUGAGAACUUUGAGUUUUACUUUCUUUUUCCACAGCGGGAGAGGGCAGAGGUGAAUAUUUGAGCCCCCAAACUGGAGGUGUUUUCUUUUUGGAGCUGUGUAGACAUGAAGAACGCUGUGUAAGUGUGGUGCCUUGGGGCGCAUUGAAAGUGGAGAAGUCUCUAUAGUAAGCCCUCUGCUGCCAACUGGAAUACGGUGGAGUAUGUUAGUUUUCCAGUCACACUGGAACUGUCUGUUUGAACACUGAAAAUAAAUUGUUUAUUUAUGUUAUAGUAUCUUAAAACAAAGCA